GGUUCUGCCCGGCCAUUCCUCCUCCCCAGACCGAGAACCGGGGAUGCCGGCAAUGAACUGAGCACCGAGUGGGCGUGAGAAGAGGCUGAUGUCGUUACACCGAGGGGCAACCGGAUCGCGUGUUUAGAGAGAUGUAUUCCAUGAAAACUUAAAAAUGGAGCUGGGGAAAGGAAAGCUGUUGAGAACUGGCCUUAAUGCCUUAUACCAGGCCAUCCAUCCUGUGCAUGGAAUUGCCUGGACAGAUGGAAAGCAAGUGAUACUGACUUCUUUAUACCAGCAUAAUGGAGAACCUAACUUUGGCAACUCAAAUGUUGUGGGUCAAUUUGAACAUGUUCAUGGACUUUACUGGGGUCCGUUUUGUGCUCCAGAUGCUCCUGCACUCCUUGCUAUUCAGCAUAAAAGACACAUUACAAUGUGGCAACUCUGUUACAGUGUUUCAGAACAAAACAAACUGAUGGUUUAUCAAAUCAGUGAAAUCAGUGAGCUGUUUCCUAUACUUCCUCAGGGUUGUGUGUGGCAUCCCCAGAAAGAAAUCUUGGCUGUACUCACUACACGAGAAACUUCUGUGCUCCAUUCGGUGCGGCUCAAUAACUCCAGAAUAAAAGCAGAUAUCAAAGGUACCGGUAUCAUUCAUUGUGCUUGUUGGACUGAGGAAGGCAGUCGUUUGGUGAUUGGGAUAGGUAGUGCACUCCAUUCCUAUAUGUGGGAUGAUGAUCAGAAAACUUUAAAUGCUUGCUCCUUUUGUCCAAUAUUUGAUGUGGGGGGCUACGUUUGUGCAAUGGAACCAACUGUGAGUGCACAAGUGGCAGUUGCUACUGAACUGCCACUAGAUAAGAUCUGCAGCUUAAAUGCUGGUAUUUCAUUUGAACUCCCAACUGAGCUUAUUGGAAAUUCUAUUCCCUCCCAAAGUAGUCCAUUGGGAUAUGAUAGUGACCUCUCUGUGGAUGGUGGAAAAAAAUUAACAGACCAGGACAAGUCCACUGGAACUUUUGCAUCAUCGCCAGUGGAUUUGACUCAUCUUCCUUCAAGCAAACAGCAAUCUGAAAACAGUCCUCUCACUAAUCUAAGACCCAAGGAUUACCUAACUGGAAGUGGUCAAGAUGCAUCACACUUGAUUUUGGUGACUUUUGAAAGAAAAGUGACAACUAGCAAAAAAGUCAGCAUCCCAGGUAUCCUAGUCCCAGAUAUCAUGGCUUUUGACUCUAAAACACAGACUGUGGCAGUUGCCUCCAAUACUUGUAACAUAAUUUUAAUUUACUCCUUAAUUUCAUCACACCUGCCUAACAUUCAACAAAUUCAGCUGGAGAAAAGUGAGAGGCCAAAGGGAUUGUGUUUCCUGACAGAGAAACUGUUGCUGAUACUGGUUGGAAAACAGAAAUUAACGGACCCUGCUUUUCUUCCAUCUUCACGCUCAGAUAAGUACAUUCUCCGCUUGACAGUAAAAAAGAUUGCCUGUAGAGAAGGCCCCUCUGCACUUUCAGGUCCUACUCAGGUUUGUUUUAGGAACAUACCAGUGAAAAGAGAAAGCAUUGAAAGCCAUUCUUCUGAUACUCACUCCCUGAGUGAAGGUUUGCUGCUCCCAGGUUGCACGAUCAUGCCGUCUCCUGGGAAGAAAAAACUGAUAGAAGAAAUUAAAAACACUGCUAAUGAGCAAUGCCUGUCAACAAGCAUUGUGGAGUCUGCUGAGAAAAAGAUGUCCAAGGAUUUUCCCCAAGCUUUGAAAACUUUGGAUGUUGAGCCCACAGCUCAUUCUUUUGCUCUUCGAGGGCUUGAAAAUGCUUCAGGAUUGCUAAAUACUCCAAUAUCACCAAACACACCAGGAGAUAGUUCUCAUGAAACUUCUAAGUUAUGCAGCAAACAAAUGCAGAGUUCUCAUGAAAUAAAAAGGUACUUACUGCAAAGUGAAAAAGAAACUAAUAGCAUCUCUAAAAAUCUAGAAAAACUAUGCCACAGCUUUGCAGAACUUCAGCAUCAACUUUUUGAAAUAACUGAACUUCUGAGAUCUGGAAAAAAAAUUGUUCCACAGUAUCCACCAUCUUGUGAGCCUUCUUUUGUUAACGUAAUUUGCCAGAAGGAGUCUUCAGGAUCUGUUACUUCUGAAAAGCGUGCUGUUAUCCUCUGUGAUGGAAAACUCCGUCUGAGCAUAAUUCAGCAGAUUUUCGAUGUGUGUGUAGUUGAAAUGCAGCAUAAUUUGUCCUGGAUUGUUCUUACGGCAGAUAGUGACGGUUUUAUUCCCGUAACAUUUGAAUCCCAGCAGGAGAUCAUUAUAAGGGAUGCGAAUGCCAGAUCUAGCGACAGCAGUGGCGCUUCUUCCAAAGGACUAGGUGCUGUCAGUUCCACAGUGGGAUACAGGAAGCUUUCCUCCCAAAGUCUGGAUUUCACAGCCAGCUCCAUGGAAGUCCUGAGAGAACAGUCUUCUCAGUGUCUAGUACAGAGCAGCCUUUCUUCAGGUCAAACCAGCAGCUCUUCCUAAUCAUGACUGUUUGCGAGUUCUCAACACAGAAGUGAAAUCUUUCAUGAUGCAUAAUUAAAGUUGGGACCACUAUAUAUUGUGCUUUCAUAAGGGGGUGAUAUUUUGCUGAACCAUCACACUUGCCUUUGAUUCCUUUUCACUGUUACUCCAUGGCUUACUUGCCAUUUCGGCUAAUAAUUUAAAUUAUUCUUGCCUGGUAGAGCUGGUAGACCAAGUGUGCAAGGCUUCUCAGUCUCUACAAGCCUAUUUGCUAGGUGGGCUGAACAUAUUUUCAUUUUUAGAUUCUAUCAGCAAUUACUGUGCUGAACACAAAGUUAAAUGUUUGCCAAAGCCUAAAAGGGCUUUUGCUUGAGGAAAGAGGACUUAGCAUUUUCUCAGACGUAUCAGUGGCAUGAACAUACUGAAAAAAAAUGUGUGGAUUUCUAGUGAUUCUAGAAGUAGAAAACAAAACUGAGUCACAUUUGUGGAGUCCUUGGUGCUCUCUGAGCUUGGUAGUUUGAUUGCAGACGUUUCAUUACCCAACUAGGUAACAUCAUCGUGCUGUCACAUUUAUUACAGUGAGUCAUAUUUAUUACUGUAUUAUAAAACAAAGUCUUAUACCUGUAGUUUCUGCUUCAUUGCAUUACUUUUAACUUCAUUAUUUUACCAGUGCCUGUUAAGAAUAUACUUGAAAGUUAUUAGAACAUUUACAAAACUACUUACUAAUGAGUACCAAAGUCCUUCAGAUGUAACAGUACCUGAAACUAAGGUUGACUCAUUUUUACUUAGUUUUCCUUCAGAGUGUCCAAGAAACAUUUGCAAUAUGCAUGUAAGUUAAAUAACUCUGAUUUACAAAAUAAUAAAAAUGCUUUCGUUCAUAAUAGUUGAAAGCUGUCAACUAGCAAGUGUAAAAUAUUGCUCUAGCCACUGAAUUAUAGCGGAUGAGGGGCUGAACUGGUUUUGAAAAUAAGUCUCACAAACACAAUCUUACAUUGAUGUUCUCUAGGCAUGCCGGAACAAGGUUAUUGUGUUGUUUAGACUUCGUGAAGGAAAGGAAGAAAAGGGACACUUAUUUUUUUCAUCUUGUUCAACCCCUUUCAAAGGGGCUGUCUCCCCCUAAACUUUGUGUUUUACAGCUUUGAAGCAGAAGGGGGCAGUCAUUCCUAUGGAGAGUAUUUCUUUCCCAUUGUGAAACAGCCUUUGGUGAUGAGGGUGAUAUGGAUUUAACUUUGGGCCAUACAUAAUCUGAACCCUAAUUUCCAUCAUUCCGUCACUGAGAUUACUUAAUAAAAACUGUUUGGAAUAUAAAUGGACUAUUCUUUCUUGAAUGUCCCUUUUUUUCUUUAACCAUCACCCUUAUUUGAUGUAAAAUGGAUAAUAGUAGCUAUUGCCAUGUUACAUUCCCUUUUUCUGUCCUUUAAGCCUCCACACUCAAA